AUGAAGGACAAUCCUGAUUUCUCGUUUGAUUUGUUUGAAUUCCAAGGGUUUUUGGGUUAAGGGUCCUUUGGGACUGUGUUGAAGGCCCUAAAUAAGGAGACCCAACAAUUGGUGGCAGUCAAAGUAAUUGUCCAUGUCCUAACUUAUUCUAGGUAAUGAAGAAGAAAUCCCUAUUGCAACUGGAGUAACUAUUGUAAGAGGCCCAUAUUUUGUAAGAGUUGCAACAUCCCAACAUUGUGAAGUUUUUCGGAGUACAUGAGACUGAUUCCAGGAUACUUAUCGAAAUGGAACUCAUUUAGGGAGGUACAUCUGAUCAAUCUAUUCGUAGGCUCUUUAAGUUCCAUCCCCAAAUGUUCCGAGGAAUAGAUCAAAUACAUAAUGUAUUAAAUAUUCAAUGCCUUACAAUACAUGCAUAACAACAACAUCGCCCAUAGAGACCUCAAGCCAGAAAACAUACUCGUCACUCAUGAUUUGAGCCUCGUCAAAGUAACUGAUUUCGGCUUAAGCACAGGAUACGCCUCCUUAAUGACCAAACAAUGUGGAACUCUCAUUUAUAUGGCACCUGAAUAAUUAAAUAAUAAGAUAUACAACAAGGCCAUCGAUAUAUGGGCUGCUGGAGUGAUUAUGUAUCAACUAAUCGUUGGAUAACACCCCUAUUAUUAAAAGGGUUGCGAUUUAAGUUAAUCACAACUGCAGAUGCAUGAACAAUGCAAAACGUAUCUUAAUGAGUAAUUUUGACAUAAUUAAUCUAGAGUAUGUAAUAUAGUCUAUUUCGAAGGUUAACAGAAAUCAACCCAACCAAAAGAUACAGUGCCACUUAGGCAUUGUUACAUCCGUGGUUCAACUGCGGAAAUGAUGAACCAUUGACCAUGGAAGAGCAAUUUCAAAAGUGGAAACAAUCCCAAAAGUUACAUAAGUUCAUUCUGGCUCUAAUGCUACUCAAUAAAAUGGGAUACAAGAAAUAGUUGAACGAUAGGGAAUUUUAUAUAGAAAUGUCAAAGAAGAUUAAUCAAAUCAAAAAGUAAGAUUUCUUAUUAGGCAAUUAUGACUAAUUAUUCGCAGACUAUCAGAAAUCCUUAACUGAAGAUCAGAAAAGUAAAAUCUCCUGUAUUUCUAAUAAAAUGGAUUAAAACACUCGCAUUGAUCAACACACUACCAUAGAUUCCACUAAGCAAUCACAUUCGACUAUUCUUUAAUCUUCCAAAUUAUUAUUACCCUUUACUUCCAAAUAGCCAAUUAGAGUGGUCAAUUUGAAUCUGUAAAAUCAAACGCCUAUUGUGAUUGAAGACAUUGAGUAAGAGCAAAUGAUGAAAUUAUCAGUUCACAGGAAUAAAGAAAAACAAGAAAAGCCAAUUAUCAGAUAAUAAUUAAUGAUGUAAUCAACAAAAUUAAAUCAACCUACUGAAGACAAUUAAUAAUUAAUUUAAGAUAUUAAAAUAUCACAUUAAUAAAGUAGUGAAAAACAACUUGAAUAGUCAACCACUCCAAGUCCAACCAAAUCCCCACAAACACUCAAAAAAAGAAGAGUCAAAAAAUCAUAGUUAAAAUAGUAUCUGAAUGAAGACAUCAUGUAAACCAAUUAUCAAUAGAUGCACAAUGUAAUCCAAGUCUCAUAAUAAGAGUACAAUAAUAAUAGCAUAAGACAAUAAUCUCCGUUAACUAAAAAUGCAUUCAAAAUACAAUUAAAACCUUUAAACCAUCUCCCUUCCAUGGCUAGUUCUUAACAUAAUAAUCCAAAUCCCUCAUUGCGUCCUCGAAAUUAAAAGCAUUCUGUCGAUAGAGAAUUCUAUGCCCCUCCAAUUUUGGAUCUCAGCAACCUAGCCUUAGAAUGCAUGAGUCCCAAAUAACGCCAAACUCGAGCAAUCAGUUUGAGUAGUUAACGAAGAGUUUAUGCCAAUGAAUUUCAGCCAUACAGAGUAUUAGGAGUUAUUGGGAGAAACAACCAGGAUUCUUUUAAUAUAAAAUGA